UCCUUUUACAUCAAUAUGGCUGAUCAGCAAACAGAGCGUGCUUAUCGCAAACAAUUCUCGGUUCCUGUGAUCCGUCGUAAACCUAAUAAUUUUAAGAAGAAGCCACGCUUCUUUCGUAGCAUUGGCCUGGGGUUCCGUACUCCAGCUGAGCAAACCGAGAAAGCCUUCCAAAAACAAGACGGCAUUAACCUAAACAGAAAGGUUAAGCCCGGCAUUGCCAAGAAGAAGGCUUUGCGCCGUUACCGUGACAUUGGUUUGGGCUUCAAGACUCCUCGUGAGGCUAUUGAUGGCAACUACAUUGACAAGAAAUGUCCCUUCACUGGCAAUGUCAGAAUCCGUGGUCGCAUCUUAACCGGUGCUGUGCGUAAAACCAAGAUGCAACGUACCAUUGUCAUCCGCCGUGAUUACUUGCACUUUGUGCGUAAAUACAGUCGUUUCGAAAAACGUCACAGAAACAUGAGCGUCCAUUGCUCUCCCGCCUUCAGAGAUGUUGAGAUCGGCGAUAUUGUUACCAUUGGUGAAUGCCGUCCCUUGUCCAAGACUGUUCGUUUCAACGUAUUGAAGGUCUCCAAGGGUCAAGGUUCCAAGAAGAAUUUCAAGAAAUUCUAAAUGAAUUCUCCAAAGUAGUUUCAAAUAAAUUAGUUUGAUGUUCAAACUAAGCAUUGCUUUUACACCAGGAUACCAAUAAUAAAAUAUUCGUAAAAUCAA